ACCUCCAAGCCGCGAUCCAUCACCAACUUCACCUACACGUGCCCGCUUCGACCGAUCACCUCCAACUUUCUAGUCCCCUCCUUCGAUCGAGAAAGCAUCAUGGCGCCCAAGAAGAACGCCCGCGACAUCACCCCCACGGCCGCUGCUACUGCGCAGGCCAGCGCUACCGCACCCGCCUCGGCCUCGCAGCCAAAGCCUAAGAAGAGCGGCGAUAGCUGGGACAAGGUGCUGCAGAACAUCUACGACCACUAUAUCCAGGAUACCCCCCAGCGCACCAAGCUGAUUGACGUCUUCCUCGUCUUCCUCGUGGCCGUUGGAGCUCUCCAGUUCCUCUACUGCGUGCUUGCUGGCAACUACCCUUUCAACGCUUUCCUGUCUGGUUUCUCGGCUACGGUUGGACAGUUUGUCCUGACGGUGUCAUUGCGAGUUCAGACCAGCCAAUCCAACAAGACCGAGUUCCCUUCAGUGUCUCCCGAGAGAGCAUUCGCCGACUAUGUCGUCUGCAGCUUGAUCCUGCAUUUCUUCUGUGUCAACUUCAUCAACUAG